CAUCCAGUGUUUCCGCCUGCCCAUCCUCUGUCGCUUGCCCUCUUCUCCCGCCGCCCGUCUUCGAUCGUCGAGCCCGCCGCCAUGUCCGAGACUAUCGUCAAGACUGUCCCCUUCGAUGCCCGUUUCCCCAACCAGAACCAAACCAAGAACUGCUGGCAAAACUAUGUGGACUACCACAAGUGCAUCAGAGUGAAGGGUGAGGACUAUGCCCCGUGCCAGCAGUUCUGGCGCGCCUACAGCACCAUCUGCCCCAUCAGCUGGAUUGGCAAGUGGGACGAGCAGCGAGAGGCCAACGUCUUCCCUGCCCUCUACGAGAAGCCCGAGUCCCACGGCCACCACUAAGUGCGCAGCGCCG